AUGAGUCUGAGUGAAAUGUUCACAAGCCUCAUCUUCAUUCUCUGCUCUGUGAUUGCACCUCUUCUCACAGACGAAGAAGCCCUGCUACCAGCCCCUCAGAAUAUCUCCAUCCUGUCCACCAACAUGAAGCACUUCCUGACCUGGAGUCCAGUGACGGUCCCUGGAGAAACUGUGAGAUACUCCGUUGAGUUUCAGGGGGAGUAUGAAAGAGAUUAUGCCAAUGAGAUCUGGAUACCCAUCAGCGAGUGUUCGCUCAUCAUUGUGACUCAGUGCAAUGUCACAGAGGACAUCUCUGCCACCGUGCCCUAUAACCUACGUGUGAGGGCAAACCUAGGUUCUCGGGGUUCAAAGUGGAGCACACUAAAAGUUCUCUUCAAUCGCAUAACGACUUUCCUCACCCCACCUGUGAUGGAAGUCUCUGCAGACGGGUAUCACUUACUGGUGAAGCUGGAAGACCUGGGGCCAGCCUUUCAAUUCCACAUAUUCUAUUGGAGGAAGGGCCAGGAAAGGGUGCACAAGAAGACUGUGAAGGAGAUCAGCUCUGUGGUGCAUCUGGACACCAUAGAGGCAGGAGCUGAGUACUGUGUGAAAGCCCAGACCUACGUAGAGGCCAUCAACAGGAGCAGCAACUUCAGCCAGACGCAGUGUGUUCGCGGGCCAGAUGGUGGCAGAUCUAUAUGGAUGACGACUGCCUUGGUGUCCUUCGUGGGAUUUGUUGUAGGUGUCUUGGCCCUGCCUUUCCUUGCCUGGAAAAUGAGUCAAAUCUUCCAGUAUUCCUGCUGUCCAGUCGUUGUCCUACCAGACACCCUGAAAGUAACUGAGUCCCCCGCGAUGCUAAUACACUGCAGGAGUGAGGAGACUGAAUGUUGUGACGUGGCUGUGCAUGUGAUUCCCCCCAAAGAGAUCCUCCGACUGUGGAUUCAGGAUGCACUUUAA